UUAAAAUAUCUUACUGUUUUAAUUUUUAUAAAAACAAACGCCCACGUGAACACAAUGAUAAGGCACCUCCCAGAGCCUUGCGAAAAGGUACCUGCAAUCGAGGGGCCCUGAUGUCUCCCAUCCGGGUGCUAACCAGGCCCGACCUUGCUUAGCUUCCAAGAUCAGACCAGAUCCCGCCCGUUCAGGGUGGUAUGGCCAUAGACCCUGAUAUUUAAAUUUUAUUAGUGUCAUUGUAAAUUUGCCUCUGCCUGGCACAUUUGUGAAACUAUUUAACUUGGCAACCUAAACUCCAUUUAUGAACGACCUUUGAAGUUCAGUACUGUACUUAAUUUUGCUUUGGGAUGACAAGCUGCCUAGGGAGGGGAAGGCUCCUGGCGACAGUGGGUCCCACUUUCAGCUGAAAAGAAAACUGAAGCCUCUGAAUAAACCCCACUUCCCGGGUCCCCAUCGGUUGCAGCGGUGGGAUUGUGCGGGGGAAAUUCCUGGACUGGGGAGCGCGUGCAAGGGUGUAGAAGGGGCGUGGCCUCCCUGCGGUCGGACGUGAUCGGAAGCUGCUGACCCCGGCUCAGCACAGGACUCCUGGGAAGCUCUGUUCCCUGCGCUCACAGCCCAUCUCUCCUCCUUCGGCGGCCACUUCCCCUUCUUCCGGGUGUCAUGGGCACCGAUGACCACCAGGUGGCGACGUUGCCUGCGAGGACGCUCUGUCGCCAUCGGGUGGUCAAAAGUGAACACUACUCCUUCUCUCCAAUUCUAAGGCCGUAGGGAGAAUCCAGCCCCCGCUGGAGAGGAGUUUAAACACCUGUGCGCUUCCCAGACUGACCCAGCGGCCCGGAAAGGAAUAUUGAUUCGGGGGCCCACAGAAAACAUUUUCCAAAGCCCUCCAUGCCCUUCGCUAACACAGAAUCAAUAACCUCCCAAGCCCAGGGCUCCCCGUAGAAGGGGCUCCCCAGCCAGGACUCAGUAUUGACUCGUGGGUACCAAAUGCAUGGGAGUCUGAUAUAACACACCGAUUUAUCGAUUUACAAUUGUAGGGAGGGGUUCAGUCCAUAUGCCAUUUAGCGUCUCCCUUCUGGAAAAUGGAACAAACCACCAGAAAACUGCUUGGUGAGCAUGGAAUGAGAACAAAAGGACACGAAAACCUUGAAGGAAAUUGCAUCUCAAGGCGUGAACAAAUGUGGAGGAUUGUCCCAGCCUCACUGCACUGAAUCUUCUUUGGUGAUAGCAAAUGCACCAGUUCCUGCCAGAGAGGCAGGUCAGGGACUGCCAAGUCCUCACAUGCGGGGGCCUUUCUUUCAUUUUAGGGGACUCCUGGCUGGGUCUUCCAAUUAUAAUAUAAUGACAUAUAUUUCACACCCAGCUUACAGGUUUUUCUUUUUAAAAUGCAUUUAAUGGCCUUUGCAGCCGUUUAUGCAGCCUCCUUACAUCCUCUAGAGCAAUGAAGUAAAUCUCCGUUUGAUUUAAAAAUCAUUUCAGAAACCUAGGGUACCCACAUCCAAGGGGUCCCCUGCUUUUUUUUUUUUUUUUUUUUUAAUUCCUCCUAAUAUUCGCAAAUCCAGCCCCUUCUUCCCAUUCUCACUGCCACUUCCCUGGCCCCGGGCAGCAUAUCUUGCCUGGAUUAUGCAGCGUCUCAGUGGGUUUAUCUGAGCGGGCUUCUGCCCUCUCUGAUCCAUUGUCUACACCACAGCUAGAGUCUUUUACAUGCACAAGUCAGAUCAAGCCACUCCCGGUAUAAAACCCUUCAACAUCGCACUCAGCCGACAGGUUGGACGCACACAUUUUUAGGCUCUGUCUGGCAUAUGUCGACCUCUGACCCCUCCCUCAAUGUCCCCCAGUCUGCUCCCUACAGUUUUGUCCUCUGUCACUUCCUGGAAUGGGCCAUGCCCCUCGCUUCAGGGUCUCCCACAGGGCCGCUCACUUCAUGCUCCGCUCCUCUGUUAGGUUCUGAGUAGUUCCCAGCACACGGUAGGCGCUUAAUAACUACGAAACGAGGGACUUCACGCCGCUUUCCGACCCGAGCUCCGGGGUUUUUCUGUGCGUGGACGUGAGGAGAGCAUUCAAAGCGCAAUGUCUUCACGCUGGCACUUCCAGGUCCACCUCCCCUCGCCGCCGGAGACUCCUCCCCGGAGCAGCCGGCAGGAGCGGGUGCCGGACCCCACGAAAACCCCUCGGCGUUCCAGUCCGGAAAUCUACUCGGCGCAGGGACUGUCCGUCGCCGGAAGGCGGGCCGGAAGUCUGACUCGGGCCCGCCCCCGAGCCGUCAUUGGAAGAAGCCCUAGGAAGGGGCGGGGACCCGGCCCAGUUCCGGCCCAGUUCUGGCUCUUCAUUGGGUGAAACCUAAGAGCUAGUAGAAGGGGCGGAAGCUGGCUUCCCCCUGACGCUUCAUUGGCUAAAAGCGAGAACUGGGCGGUGUCUUACAGUCCGAGUCCCUCUUGGGUUGCUGGGAGCGGCAAACCGUCGUCCCGCCCCUCGGGGUACUCUUCAUCAUUUUAAACACAGAAUUGAGGACCAGGCGGUCGAUCACCCCGAAACCUUGGGGCCUCCCCUCGGGCCUUUGCUCCCAGAGGCCUCGAGUCUCGCUAAGCCCAGGGAUGUAGAGAGACGCGAGCAGCGAGGGAACCCGGAACAAUUCUUUGGCGGAACCACUGCGAGAGGCCCCUAGGAACGCGUGGAGGGCCGGACCGCGACGAGCCGGACCAGACGUGCAGGGAUGGCGGCGGCGGACGUGGGGCCAGGGACCGCGGUCCCCGUGGACCUGCGGCGCGAGCGACGCAUGGUGUGCGUGGAGUACCCAGGCGUGGUGCGCGACGUGUCCAAGAUGCUGCCGACUCUGGGCGGCGAGGAGGGCGUCUCCCGGAUCUACGCAGACCCCACCAAGAGGCUGGAGCUGUACUUCCGGCCCAAGGACCCUUACUGCCACCCGGUAUGCGCCAACCGCUUCAGUACCAGCAGCCUGCUGCUGCGGAUCAGGAGGAAGACGAAGCGACAGAGGGCGGUGCCGGGUCCUGGGGCCCACCCCGAGGUCGCAUUCGACAUCGAGAUGCUUGGCAUCAUCUCCACCAUUUAUAAAUUUCAAGGAAUGUCCGACUUCCAGUACUUGGCUGUGCACACGGAGGCGGGCGGCAGGUGCGUGUCUAUGUAUGACAAAGUGCUCAUGCUAAAGCCUGAGAAGGAGAGUUUCUUCCACCAGGAGCUGCCGCUCUACAUCCCCCCGCCCAUCUUCUCUCGGCUGGACACCCCGGUGGACUAUUUCUACCGACCGGAGACACAGCACCGGGAAGGCUACAACAACCCCCCCGUCUCAGGCGAGAACCUGAUCGGCCUGAGCAGGGCCCGGCGCCCCCACAAUGCCAUCUUCGUCAACUUUGAAGAGGACGAGGUGCCCGUGCGGCCCCUGGAGGCUGCAGUGCAGACGUGGAGGAGGAUCUCCACCAACCCGGUGGACCGGAAGGUGGAGGAGGAGCUGAGGAAGCUGUUUGAAAUCCGUCCCAUCUGGUCACGUAACGCUGUCAAGGCCAACAUCAGCGUCCACCCUGACAAGCUCAAGGUUCUGCUGCCCUUCGUGGCCUAUUACAUGAUAACAGGCCCCUGGAGAAGCCUGUGGAUCCGAUACGGGUAUGAUCCCCGAAAAAACCCAGAUGCCAAAAUUUAUCAAGUCCUUGACUUCCGAAUCCGUUGUGGAAUGAAAUACGGUUACGCCCCGAGUGAUAUGCCUGUCAAGGCCAAGCGCAGCACCUACAACUACAGCCUCCCCAUCACUGUCAAAAAGAUGCCCAGCCAGCUCGUCACCAUGCACGACCUGAAGCAGGGCCUGGGCCCGUCAGGGACAGGUGGCACGCGGAAAUCGACCUCUAACAAGUACAAGCUCAAGGACUCGGUCUACGUCUUCCGGGAGGGGGCCCUGCCGCCCUAUCGCCAGAUGUUCUACCAGUUAUGUGACCUGAAUGUGGAAGAGUUACAGAGAAUCAUUCACCGCAACGACGGGGCCGAGAACUGCUGCACAGAGCGAGAUGGCUGGUGCCUCCCCAAGACCAGUGACAACCUGAGGGACACCAUGUCCCUCAUGAUCCGGCAGACCAUCCGCUCCAAGAGGCCUGCUCUCUUCUCCAGCCCGACCAAGGCUGAUGGCGGGAAAGAACAACUGACGUACGAGUCUGGGGAAGACGAGGACGAGGAGGAGGAGGAGGAGGACUUCAAGCCAUCCGACGGCAGUGAGAACGAGAUGGAGACCGAGAUUCUGGACUACGUGUGACGCAGACCUACAGCCACGGCUGGGCCUCCUUGAUCAGACGAGACUGGUAACGGUGCCAGGACAAGCCGUGGCUCCCCAGUGUUGCCCACAGCAACCAGAACGGCCCUAGGAGACCCCUCAGAGGAAAGCUGGGACCCCGGCACUGGGUGCCAUUGACCCUGGUCCUGCCCAUCUGCCCCAGACACCUGCUGCUCCGGGAUGCCCUCUGGCCCGGGGUGCCUGGGGACACCUCCAGAGGUUGUGACCUGGCUCUGUGCAGCUGUGAGCCAGCCCGGUGUCCAAUGGGCUGAGCCAAUGGCCACCACCUCUCUAUGGCUGAGAACAGCUGGCGGUGGAGACGAUGUGGCCUGAAGACGCUGCUCUUGCCUUGGAGGUUAUGGCUGAUGGCAGUCCUGGCGUAAGGAAACUAUUCCGCGGUCACAGACGGGCGAAGACGGCCCUUGCAUUUGGAUCCCAUCAGCCUGGGGCCCAGCUGGAAUCGUCCCGAUCAAAUACACUUUCCCAAGGA